GUACCGUUCUCGGUUACAGCUCUCGUCUUUGUCUCUCCUAGCCAUGGCGUACCGACCUGGCUCGCGCAUGGCGCCACCUGGGACGGCUGGCCUCCCGCCGGGCACGGGUGUGCUCCGACCGCCGUCGGGGAUUGUUGCGCCGUCUGCGGUGCUGACGAACCGGCCGAUGACGAACCAGGGGGUUAAGGGAGUGCGGCCGGUGACGCAGGGCUCCGGGCGCGCGUUCCAGGACAAGAACUGGUACAUUGCCGAGGUGCGCGCCAAGACGCAGGCCAUCACCGCCGAGCUGGCCAACCUCUCGAACGAGCUAGAGGCGUUCAACUCGUCGGCCGAGAACUAUGGGGCGUACGAGCGCAAGGCCGACGGGCUUGCGUCGGAGCUCCGCGAGCUGCAGGGCGUGCUCGCUGACUACAACAUGCUUGUGGACAAGAUGCACACCGAUACCGGCAUCAACCAGAUUCUGGAGCAGACGGCGGCGGACAAGGCCAAGAACGAUGAGGAGCGGUGGCGCAUUGAUGCCAUGUUUACAGAGCGGCAGGCACGCGAGGAGCAGAUCCGCACCGUGACGACCGAGAUUGCAUCGAUCGAAGGCACCAUCGAGGACGAGCUCAACCAGCUCGCGCCUGAGAUGCUCGCCGAGUAUCGCGAGGCGCAGGAGACCAACGACACACUGCUGGACACGAUUGGCCGGUACCAGGCGGACCUCGAGUCUGGCGCAUACCGGCUGCGGUCGAUGGAGGACGCGCUGCGGGCAAACCCGCUUAAGCAACAAGCGUUUGCGCUCUUUAACGAGCUCAACGACGCGCGAGCGCGGCGCGACGAGCUCGAGGCCGAUGCCCGUGACUCGCAGCUCUCGGGACCUGAGGAGCAGGAGCGACUGCUCAACAAGGUCAAGGCCGACACCUCGGAGAUUGGCGCCAUGAACCGGCGCAUCGCCGCGCUCGAGGAGGAGAUCUCACGCGGCCGCGAGCAGCUCGACUCGCUUGCGCGCGAGGAGGAGGCGCGGCAGUCGGACAAGUACGAAAAGUACCUGCAGAUCCUGGCCAAGGAAGAGGCCAUUCGCAAGUUCAUCGAGGAGUUCCCUGAGGUCCAGGCGGCACUCGCGGAAGACAUGGCCGCCCGCGAGACGGCCAUUGCCGAACUGCUCGAAACGAUCGGCUCGGGCCUCGCGCGCCAGACCAACCUCCCGCAAGUCGAGCAAGUGCGCGAAAAGGAGGACCUUCUCGAGUUUCAGCGCGACCAGAUGGGCCUUGCCGAGUCGACCCACGACAAGCUCAUCCGUGACAAGGCCGAGCGCGAGCGCGACCUCAAGAAGCUCGACCAGCUUGACAAGAAAAUCGAGCGCGACAUUGCAGCGCUCCACAAGCGCAUUCCGACCAUGCGCGCCGAGCUUGUCAAGUACAACGACAUCAAGAAGCUGCAGUCGGAUGCCCGCAAGCUCGAGGCCUCGCUGAAGACCCAGCGACAGGAGCUCUCGCUUAAGCGCGAGCACCUCUCGGCCGAAGUCGGGCGGCUCGAGGGCAAACUCAACGAGCUCAAGGACGCGCUCGAGGCCGACGAGACCUACCGGGGCAUCACCAACCUCCAGGCCAAGCUCGCCAUCUACGAGCAGACCAAUGCCGAGCUCCGGGACUACAUCGAGACUAAGGGACGCGAGUCCGACUACCGGGCCCGGCUCCGUGACGUCGGCGCAAUCGUCGCCGACAUCAACGCCAUUCUUGUCGAGGGCACCAAGUACCGAGCACCUGUGCUGUAGCUAGCUACUGCACGCCACCUCGGGCACGCUGUUGUGGGGCCACAGCGAGGGCGGGUUCAACACCGUCAACGUCGGCAUGAGCCCCCCCCCCC